AUUUUGACAAUACAGGCAACAAAUUCCCUCAGCUACUCACCGUUCACACCCUCUGACAUGCCUUCGACAAUCGCUCAUACACCUUGCCCCACGUGUCGCAUCGGUAUAAAUGGGUUUGGGAGAAUAGGCAGAAACGUCUUUCGAGCUUCGCUACUUCGGUCCGAUGUUGUCGUUGUGGCCAUCAAUCAUACCUGCGACUCUAUCAAAGAUCUAAUCUACCUGAUCAAAUUUGAUUCGACCCAUGGUACACUUGCCAAACUUUUCGGCUCAGACGUGCAGCUAGAUCCACUGCCAAAUGGAAAUCUGGUCGUCAACGGCAGGGAGAUCAUCCUCCACUCUCAACGCGACUUGUACAAGCUUGACUGGGCUGCGUCUGGCGUCGACUACGUCGCAGAAUGUACUGGUAAAUUCAAGACCACCGAUCUGGCAUCAAUCCAUACAACACAUGGCAAAGCGCGAAAAGUCCUAAUCUCCGCCCCAAGUCCCGAUGCUCCGACCUUCGUGUUCAAAGUCAAUUCGCACGAGUAUGACUUGCACAGAAAUCUCAGCGUCUUUUCUUGUGCCAGCUGUACGACCAAUUGUCUAGCUCCCAUUGCAAAGGUCAUCGAUGACAACUUCGGCAUAGCGCAAGGCUUCAUGACAACUGUCCAUGCAUCCACACAGUCGCAACAUGUUCUGGAUGGUUAUAGCAAGAAGAACAAAAGAGCCGGUCGCUCUGUCAUGGGUAACAUCAUCCCAACAACGACAGGUGCUGCUCAAGCCAUCAAGAUUGUCUUGCCACAGCUGAAGGGAAAGCUGUCAGGUACCUCGAUCAGAGUGCCGGUGGCGAAUGUCUCCAUGGUAGACCUCACCAUCAAUACUGAUACUGUAACUUCCUUGGAUGAAAUCCUCCGUGCAUUGAGACACGCAAGUGAGACCUAUCUUUCUGGCGUGCUUUGCGUCACGGAUGAUGAGGUCGUAAGCUGCGACCUGCUUGGCCAUAAUAGCAGUGCCAUAAUUGACAGUAAAGCAUCGGUCGAACUCAACUCGAAGUUUUUCAAAAUUAUCGCUUGGUACGACAACGAGUGGGCUUAUUCGUGUAGAUUGCUCGAUAUGCUUCAUAUGAUGGCUGCCUCUGACGCAGCUGUCGAAGAUCCAUAG